UAUGUUUGUGUAUAUAAGUGUAUGUGCGUACGAGAGUUCAGAUCGAAUUAUUCGAUUUGAAGACAUCCAUUAGUCAUAUUAUUAUCGGAGUUACACCGGUGUUUCUUUCGAGCAUUGGCCGCUAGCACCGCUGAUCUCGAAGACUCGUCGACGAAGUCGGUGUGGAUACCGGUAGAGGCGUCACGCUUGGGACGCUCGGUCGACAGUUUAAAAGAUUCCAGAUUGCCAUGGCCGAUACAGCUGAUGAUAAGCUCCACAUAGUGAUGUUUCCAUGGCUGGCUUUUGGCCACAUGAUCCCAUACUUGGAGCUCACCAAGCAUUUCGGGAGAAAGGGUCACCGUGUCUCUUUCCUUUCGACCCCACGAAACAUCGAUCGGCUUCCGGGAAUCCCCCUGGACCUCGUAGCCCUGGUUGAAUACGUGAAAAUUCCGCUUCCUGCCGUGGAGAACCUGCCCGAAACUGCUGAGGCUACCAGUGACUUGCCCUAUGACAAGAUCCAGUACUUAAAGAUAGCACACGACAAGCUCCUCGAUCCCGUGGCCAAGUUCCUCAAGUCGUCCGACGCAGACUGGAUAAUCUACGACUUCGCCGCUUACUGGAUCGGACCCAUCGCCCGCGAACUGAGCAUCAAGAGUGCCCAGUUCAGUAUCUUCUUCGCGUCGAGCUUGGCCUUCAUGGGGCCCACAUGGUCCCUCAUGGGAGGGGACUACCGGAAGGCACCCGAGGACUACACGGUCGCUCCCAAGUGGAUCCCAUUCCAGACGAGCCUCGCGUUUCGACUUUUCGAGAUAAAGAGGAUCUUCGACUCCUUUGAUGGGAAUGCUUCGGGUGUGACCGACAUUUAUCGGUUUGGAGCAGGGCAGGAGAGCGCGGACCUCAUAAUGGUCAGGAGUAGCUACGAGGUCCAGCCUGAGUGGCUCAAGCUCCUCGGGGACCUCAUUCCGAAACCUGUCUUGCCGGUGGGUCAGUUGCCCCCGGGACAGGGAGAUUAUGGUCACAGCAAGGAGACUGAUGAGUGGCAAUGGAUAAACGAGUGGCUCGACUCAAAAGAGAGGGGCUCCGUCGUUUACAUUGCAUUCGGAACCGAGUCGAAACCGACCCAAGUCGAACUGACUCAGAUCGCUCUCGGGCUGGAGAAAUCCAGGUUACCGUUCUUCUGGGUCCUUAAGACCCAACUUGGGUCAUCCGAUGUAGAUCGGGUCGAACUUCCAGAUGGAUUCAUGGAGAGGGUCAAAGGCCGGGGACUCGUGUGGACGAGCUGGGCACCUCAGCUCAAGGUACUGGCGCACGACUCGGUGGGCGGGUUCCUGAGCCAUUGUGGGGGUACCUCAGUUGUGGAGGCGAUGAGCCUCGGGAAACCUCUUAUAAUGUUCCCGCUCUUAUCGGAUCAGGCGUUGAAUGCUCGCCUUUUGGAGGAGAAGCAGAUGGGGCACCCGAUCCUAAGGAACGAGUCGGACGGGUCAUUCACGAGCGACUCCGUAGCGCAAUCGUUGAGGCUGGUGAUGGUAGAGGAGGAAGGAAAGGUUUACCGAGAGAAGGUGAAGGAGAUGAGAAGUGCUUAUGGAAACAUGGAUAUUCAAAACCGUUACAUAGAUAAUUUACUGAAUCAUUUGAAAGCAAACCGACCUGUCGCCAAGAUUCAUUCUACAUAGCAAACUCGAUAAUCUUAUUCUCACACUUGGGAUCUUAACCUGUAGCAUUUGUAUGUUCAAUCUUACCGUCCUCUUCAAUGUACGAGCGAGAUCACGCCUGUCUUGCUUAAGCUUGGAUUUCCUAGGAUUAUGCUAGUAUAAUAAGCUGGUCGAGCUGUCUUGCAUUGUACGGUCGAUUUCUAUCUUCUUCUUCUUGUUUAUGAGUUUAUCUAUUUGUCCUAUCAAACCAGUGAAUUGUUGGCAAAGUGUAUGUA